CAGGCAGAGCAACUCUUCCCAAUUCAGAGAAGCUGAAAACGUCAAGACGACACUGAAAAAGAAAAGAGAGAAAAACAGCAUUGGGAACUGCAGAGUGCAAGAGCUGGGAGGACAUUAACAAGAUGGAGGAGUGUGAGAGUCUGGAACCAGAGAUGACAGAGCUACAGGAGCUUCAGUCUGAAGCCUCCGAGGCCGUCAGUCAGGACGAUGAAGACGAGAUGGAGGAGCUGCAGAACAGUCUGCGAGAGGUUGUCCAGGACCAGUCGGUGAAGCCCCAACUGCAGUGCCUGAUGGUGGAUCAAUCAUUCUCCAUGGUUACAGUGCAGAGUGAGGACAGUGGAAUCGUUUGGGAGACAGCCUCCAGCCGCUGCUCUACUCCCUGGGCCUCUGAGACGAGCUCCAUCUCUGAAGCCUACAGCAUGGAUGGCUCUGGAGCCGCGGGGAAGAUCACCAUCGUCUUCGAUGAGGAGAAAAUAGUCCGCAGGAGGACAAGGUCCGGAGGGAGGAUCAGCAGACUAGGGGACAGAUUUAGCCGACCUGGCAGUUCCAGAUCCGCCUCGGCUCUGGGAGUGGAGCGACCGGAGAUGAUGGAGGUCUCUCUCCCCAACGUCAAAGAGGAGAAAACCGAAAGAGAGCCAGACCUGGAGGAAAUUAAAAACAAAGAUCAGCAACUGUUUAGUUUGAUUUCUGAGGGUUAUGAGAUUCUCAACAUCAGAGUCCCUUCUAAACUUCCUACUGUGGAUGAGGAGGAGAGCACGGAGCUUGAGGACAAUUUGUCUUAUCUGGACCAGACUCCAAAGAUCAAGUCCAGAAACCACAAUGACUGGACAUCAAAUCACGUCCUGCCAGUGGAGGGGGAAAUACUGGAUCACCAAGAGGACUCUUCUCAGCCAUCAGCAGACACAGAAGCUGGACACACAGCCACACAGAAAGAGAGCACCAAUGACAUUGACUACUUUGAGACGUUUACCCUUUUGGAUCAUGCAGUUCCUGCAGAACAAGUUCCAGAGCUGCAGCAGGGGAAACAACAGCCUCCAGUGAAACCCCAGGCAGAGGAGCAAACCCCUGCAAAGGAGAUGGCCACAGACAGCCCCUCUGCAUCAGAAGACUCUUUUGUUUUUGUUACAGAUGUGGAUUUAGUCGGAGAACACCUGGAUCAGGUCUUCUAUGGAGAAGGAGCUCCUUCUGAUGCACUGCAGCGGAAGGACGACGACGAGGCAGAUGGAGGAGCUAGAAUGAGGAAGAGACGAGAGAGCCAGAGAACAAUGAAGGAGGGUGGUUUGGUGUUGUUUGGGAGCGAAGAGACCACCCUCACGCCCAUCUAUAUCUCCCCUGGACCCCCGAAGAUCAUCGAUCCCAUCCUUCUGGAGGAGCCCACCGCCAUGUCCUUCAUGUACUCUGACCUCUACGAGGACGCUGUAGGCCAGCGGCAGAGGAGUGACGAGGAAUGCUCAGAGGCAGAGAGUGUCACAUCGGAGAAGUGUUACAAGAGACGUUUCUCGGAUUCAGACGAGGCAGACGGCUACCUGGAGAAGUUUAUUUUGAAGGAUGAAACUUCCACAGUGGAGGCUCAACCUGAGUCUGUGAGGGACAAGAGGGAGGGGAGGAUGAUGUGGUCAAGUAGUAAGUUUGAGACGACAGGGUGUCUAACAAGGACGGUCGAAGAAGAAGAAGAAGAAGGACACAAGACAAAGACAGAGGAACCGAAGAUACAGGUGGUAAGUGCUGGAGACAGGAGCAAUGAUGUGCAAUCAGCAACUUUUGAGGAGAAAAGCGAAGGAGAGAAACUCUCACUGCUGACUGGAGAGCAGGAUGGAGAAGAAGCCUCAGAAGAAUCAGUUCAGGGGUUUAAACUGACAGAGGAUAAGGAAAUGACACAAGAGGUAAAAAGAGACCAGGCCGAGCCCCUGAGUAGCAGCACUGAUGGACCACUUCCUGAAAUUCAAGAGGUGGAGAGCAAAGUAGAGCAAAAAGAAUUAGAGAGUGAGGAGCAUCAGAGAGAAGAGCACAGAAAAAGUGAGCAAACCUUGAAUGAAACCAAGCGACCGUGUCAGACACAAGAAGAGGUGGACAAAAUGUCUGAAGGUCUUGUGAAGGCCACAGACGAGACAGCACCUGAAAUCAACGAAGUGCCAAAGAUGGACAUUCAGUCAGAAAUUCAAACUGAAACCAGUGAAACCAGUUUGCCUGAAGACGCAGCUGCUGAUACCAAGAUGGAUUCUGCUUAUGAAAAAACAGCGACUGAGGCCAAACCAGGGGUCGUGGUCGAAGAAGAAAUGAUCACUUCGACUGAAACCUUAGGUGAAACGAAGACAUCAGCUGAAACAUCACUGUAUAAGGAAACAGACGACAUUCCUGAGGAUGCUGGACCCGUUGAAGUCAUCACCGACUGCGAUAGUGUAGUGCAAGCAGUCGUGGAGGUAACUGAAACAGCAGUGAAUGAAAAAGAGAUUCAAACCCAGGUUCAGAUUGAUCUUCAGGAGGCAACACGUGAUGAUGCAACAGAUGUUCAAACAGCAGUGGGGGAGACUGCAGCUGAGAGCCAGUCGCAGGAAUUUAUUGCUGAAGCUCAUCAAGAGGUUAAAACCAAGAUUUCAAGCGAAGAAGUCGAACCUGUGAUCCUGGAGGAAGUAAAGACAGAUUCAGACAAGAAACACCAUGAAAUCUUUGAAGCUCCGCAGCCUCAACCAGAUGAUUCAAUGACUGAAGUCAAAGCUAAAACACCCACAGACGACACUGGGACUGUGCUCCAAGACAUGGUGAAUGUAGAUGAUGAGUUGAUCCUCCUCGUCCCCAAAGGACAAGCUGUAGAGAUGGACAUUGACAUCAGUCAGUGGUCAGACAAGACCACAAGUGAUGCACAAGCUCUCCCUGAAUCUGAUAGUGUAUAUGAGCAUCUUGUAGCAUCUGAAGAUGCACCAGAGCCGACCAAAGAAACAAAGAUGGACACUCAGUUGGAAUUAGAACCAGAAGUCCAUGAAAAGGUAGAAGAACCACUUGAAAAUGAUGUAGGCAGGGUGUACUCACCACCUGCUCCUGUGGAGGAGGUCGACACGGAGGAGAUGAAAACAGAGGAGGACGUAGAUGAAGACGAGGGUGUCUUUUCUCCUCUGAGGAGCUUUACUCCCCAGGAGGAUUUAUCUGGGCUGCAGGGAGAGGAUAUACUACCAGAAGAACCAGAUGUUGAACUGAAAGCUGAGGUGAACCAGGCGGCAGAUGCCCUAGAAGCAAUCAUUAUAAACCAGGAUGUAGCUCCAGAUGUUGAUCUGCACAGAGAGGAUCCCGGACAAAAGAUGGAGCAAGAUGAGGUGGUGGAAGAGGCUCCAGAAGCUCCUGCAGAGGAGCUGGAAUAUGAGGUGAUUUCUAAACAGGAUGCAGAGGAGAUGCCUGAAUCUGAAACACAGAGAGAUGCAGAGGAAUCCAGGCCUGAGUCUGGCCAGAGCAGAGAGGAGAGGAGGGAUGUGGAGAUGGAGAUGGAGGAGGAGAAAGUGUCCCCAGAAGAAGAGCUGAUCGAAGCUGACUAUGACAUCAUCGAUGCAGAGGAGGAGAAUCAGGCCCGACUGGCUGCUGAGCUGCGGGGGAUGGACUGGUUCUGUCUCACCUGUGGAUGUCUGCUGUCAGAGGACGACUGUGAGUCAGGGAAACAUCAGAGCCAUGAGCUGACAACAGUGGACAAAGCGUAUGAGGAAAUCAAGGAGAAGCUGAGUGACUGGAUCUCAGAGCUGCAGGGUCGAUCUGAGAACAUUGAGGACUUGGUGUCUGAACUGGAGCUGGCCUACAACACUGUAGAGGACCAGUGUAUGGAUGGCGAGGUGGCGAUGCAGGCACAGAACGAGGAGAUGAUGGCUCUGGUGAUGGAGCAGUACAACAACAUGUCUGUCAGCAUGGAGGAGGAGAAGAAGGCCAAGCUGGAGCAGUUGUACGACCAGAUAGUGUCAUUCCAGGAGAGCAUCGACACCACCAAGGCCACGCUGGAGACCACGGCCAGAGAGGCUGAGACUGACGCACGGUCACCUGAGGACAUUCGUGCAAGGCUCGAGGCAGCUCUAGACUCAGCCAUGUCACUGGAGCUGGGUCCCAAGGGUCUGCUGGUGUUUGAGGACUACGCCAAGGGCAACAUCUCCAGCUCACACGUCGCACAUCGCAAGGGAAUCCCAGUGCCUCAGAGGCCCACGCUGCAGCCCCAGGAGCCAGGCUCAGCCACCAGCACCAGUGUCACUGUUUACUGGAAGGUCAACCCUGGAGAUAUCAUAGACUGCUUCCAGGUCUACUGCAUGGAGGAUCCCCAUGGAGCUGUGUCAGAGGAGUACCGUGUGACAGUGAAGGAGAGUUACUGUGUCUUGGAGGAGCUGGAGCCUGAUAAGACAUACAAGGUGUGGGUGAUGGCUGUCAACUACACAGGCUGCUCUCUGCCAAGCGAGAGACUCAUUUUCACAACCGCUCCAUCGGUGCCAGUGAUUGACACAGAGUGCUGUACUAUCAUGUGGGACUCAGCCACGCUGCGGUGGCAGAAGCAGACCCCCGGACAGAGUUACACUCUGGAGUACUGCCGUCAGUAUGAACUGGAGGGAGAGGGGCUCAGAACCAUCUCAGGUAUCCGGAUCUGUGAACAGAGGGUUCUUCUGCAGCCCAAUGAGAAUUAUCUGUUUUACAUCAAAGCUGUGAAUGAGGCUGGAGCCAGCGAACAGAGCGAGGCUGCACUCAUCUCCACUAAAGGUACGAGGUUCCACCUGCUGAAGGCCUCGGCUCACCCUGCGUUGGAGCUUUCAGUGGACCAGACCACUCUGCACUAUUCCCAGAACACACCACUCACCGACAAACAGUGUCCAUCCAUCCUGGGUGAGUUGUUGUCAGCACGAGGGCGGCACUACUGGGAGACGAUUGUCUCAGGAAGCACAGCUUACAGACUUGGAGUGGCGUACAGCGCAGCCAAUAGAGACAGCUCACUGGGGGAAAACAGCCAGUCGUGGUGUUUGCAGUGUAUCCCUACACCCUCAGGUUGCAGGUAUCAGCUGCUCCACAACCAGGUUCAGUCCAGUGUGUUCGUGAUUGAUAUGCCUGAGCGAGUAGGUACCCUCUUGGAUUACCAGCUUGGUCGUCUGUCUUUCUACAACGUCCUCAGUGGUCAGUUGUUGGGGACGUUCAGUCAGUGCUUCACCCAGCCGUGCCACCCCGCUCUGGCCCUGGAAAUGCCGGGCAGUCUGGAAGCCAGGAUGGUGCUGGAGGUUCCGGAGUUUACCAAGGACAGUUAGCUCCGCCACUCACCUCACACCCUGAAGAGUUUACACUCCAUGAUGGACAAUAUCACUUUAUGAUGAUUUCAAUGACCAGUAUUCUACAGAAAUGAGCACAGGUCUGACAGGACAAAAAAAUAUAGUUAAAUCCACAGUAAAGCAAGAAGACACAACUGGAUCCUAUUCAUUUAAAGAAACCUCAUUGAUUGGUUGUUUUCUUUAUAAAGGAACUUGAUCACCAUAGAGCUCAGGGCUAGGGCUGAACGAUAUGGUCAAAAAUGAUAUCAAGAUAAAAAUGCUCAUAUCAGUGGAUAUGGAUAAUCAUCACAAUAAAUGUUACAUUAUUAUUUCUUAAGUUUAAAGACGGAUUUCUGCUAUUUCUGAGCUAUUGUGGUCUUAACCCUUCUGUAUGGACAGAGGAUCACAAACACACUGAGGUAAAUAAAUUCUGUGUUAUACAUCUUCACUGUUCCUGCACAAUGCAUAGUCAAUAUAUAGCUAUAUAUUUGCCAUUUUGCUAUAAAAAUGACCUUGUGAUAAUUAUGAUCUUGCCCAGCCUUAGAUCAAACACAAAUGAUAUCCAGCAGAAAUUAAACCGUCAUUUUGUAAAUAUCAAAAACAGAAACAACUGUGCAACACAACUGGAUUUCAGUUUGAGUGCCUCGACAUUUUCACUGGUGAACGUCUUGUAUUUUGUUGUGGAGGGAGAAGUGAAUUGUGUUGUGGAUCAUUUUGUAAUUAUGACCGUAAAGUAUGCGUAUGUUUUUGUACUGGUGUUUUGUUGAUUUAAUAUACUCUCAGUUGCCUUCCUGAUCUGACACUUUGAGUGAAGGCUCCGAUACAUUGAAGUCAAAUACACGUUGUGAAAGUCUUUUGUCAGCCAUAUCUCCAAAAUGAUACUGUAGCACUUUUUGAACUGUGUUUCUUAUUGCGAAUAGGUCUAUUUUGUGUAAAUAACCUUUGUAAACAGAUCAGUUCCUUUUAUUUGUGUUUAUAUGCAUCUGAUGGCAAACACAGAUCAACUGCUUUACUCCCUCUUUCCUGUAAAACUGAUUUUUUAACCCUGAGCUGAAUGAACAUGAUUUUUUUUUCUAAUUGCACAACUGGACUGAUAAUUGACUCAGCUCAACACUUGUUGUACUCACUAUCACCACCAGAUGGCCUCAGGACUCCAUUUGCUGUGAUAUUGAGACCAGAGCAAAAAUAAGAGAUUGUCAAUAGAGUUUUGAAAUGGCUUGAAAUUGUUAGGAAAGUAUUUCUAAGUGUUUUAACUUUCCUUUGAAAACACUAUUGCCAUGUACUUUACAUUACCCUAAACACUUACUGCAAUGUAAUAUAAGGAACAUUAUCAACCAAAAAAACUGUGAUACACAAAUUAAAUGUAAAAAAAACGUG